AUGGAUGGCCCAGAGCCAGAUACGACCCCUUUCGAUGCGAUCAGCACGCAGUCGAACAGGUUCCUGCGAACAUACCAAGCCUACCUCGACAAAUCCACACCAUACGUGACCUAUCGUUGGGUUGGGACUGUCGUCUUACUCAUCUGUUUCUUUUUACGAAUAGUGUUCGCACAGGGCUGGUAUAUUGUCGCCUACUGCCUAGGAAUUUACCUCCUAAACCUCUUCCUUGCAUUUUUACAACCGAAAUUCGACCCUAGCCUCACACAGGACGAAGGACUAGAAGACGGAGAGAGCAGUCUGCCGACCAAGCAGGAUCAAGAGUUCAGGCCUUUUGUUCGAAGAUUACCAGAAUUCAAAUUCUGGCAUGCUGCUACGAGAGCUGUUCUGAUCAGCUUCAUCUGCAGCUGGUUCUCCGUCUUCGAUUUACCAGUUUUCUGGCCUGUGCUUGUUAUGUAUUGGCUUGUACUUUUCGCACUGACGAUGCGACGGCAAAUACAGCAUAUGAUCAAGUACCGAUAUGUUCCAUUUUCUGUUGGCAAAGCGAAAUACAGCAGCAAGUGA